UGAACGUCGCCUAUUUACAUUAAUUAUUAUUAUUAUUACUAUUUAUUACUAUUAUUUGUAUUAUCAUUAUAUAUCAUUAUAUUAUUAUAUAUUUAUUUAUUAUUAUUAUUGGCGUAAUCGACUAUCGCGUUGCUCGUCUUGUUGUUUUCCACACAUUUGCGUUUCAACAUUAUUGUCUCCGCUCGCCCGGCGGGGGGUCCGUCCAUCGUAGUUGUUAUCGCCUCUGUCCGUUGUUUUUGUUCCGUGUAGACUCUAUACUGUUAGACCACCGUAGACUGGUAGCGUACUAGCGUCGUCCGCAGAUGUACUGCAGUAGCACGUACGAUUUUCCUCUGCCGUCCAAAAUAUUGACUUCACCACACGUCGAUCUUCUGACAGCACCAACGUUUUCAGUACGAGUUUUGAUUUAUUUGUGCGGGCGUUGAGCGUUGGUUUCAGCGAUUCGAGCUGCAAGUCAAGAUCAUGAUUUACGCCGAAGGUCAGAUUUAUUUCCACAGCCAGUUACAUAUUGUAUGCCCAGAAUUACUGUAACGGUUUGCCAGAAAAUAAUUGAUUAUCAGAUGUUGUACAACUUUUAUCAAAAAUGGUUAAAAAGGCAAUGGCAUUUAUUGCCUUAAUAGCCUUUGUGACUACAGUAAAAUGUGAAAUUACCAUAUAUAAUAGUGACCAACAACAGCUUGAAUUACAGUUUUCAGAUGCGCAAUCUGAUUUUGGAGGAGAAAUACCUUCAGAAGGCCUUAAAGGUUAUAUUUUGCCUGCUAACCCUGAAGAUGGUUGUACUAAAAUUGAAUCUCCGCCCAAAAGUGGAAGUUGGUUUGCCUUAAUUAAGAGAGGAAAUUGUAAUUUUGGCGUAAAAGUGAGGAAUGCUCAAAAUAGCAACUAUACCCUAGCCAUUGUAUUCAAUGUCAACUCUAGUACGAUUGUGCCAAUGCAUGGUGAAAAUUCAAGUGAUAUAGUGAUUCCGUCAGUUUUUGUUGGUGAUAACACAGGGCUUAUGUUGAGAGACUACUAUGAUUAUACCAACAAAUUUUAUGUGAUUGUAGACAACAAUCAAUCCCCAUUUGAUAUAAACCUGAAUUUGUUGUUGCCAUUUGCUGUGAUUGUUGCGUUAAUUAAAUGGAUUAAAGAUCGAAGACGAGCAUUUAGACAUCGAUUACCUGCAUCUAUUCUUCGUAAAAUUCCAAUCUCUACAUUUGUAAAAGGUGAUCCAUAUGAUACUUGUGCCAUAUGUUUAGAUGAUUAUAUGGAUGGAGACAAACUAAGAAUUUUGCCUUGUGCUCAUGCUUAUCACUGUAAAUGUAUCGAUCCAUGGUUAACUCGAAACCGACGAUUUUGCCCUAUCUGUAAACGUCGUGUUUAUGGUAAUAACGAAGAUCUACAUGCUGUGGCAUAUUCUUCAGAUACCGAUAGUGAUGAGCAGCCCAAUGAUAGGACUCCAUUAGUUGCACCUACUAUAAAUAAUUCAAAUACAUUGGGUGUUGGUACAUUCCGUAGUUUCAGAGGACGUGUAUUUACUCGUGGUAGAUCUGCUAACACUGUUGAAGUGCAUGCUCCAGUUUUACCGUCAAUAAAUGUAGCUAACGCAGACUAUGAUACAGUUUCAUCUCAAACAGAUUCGUCAGACUCAAUGUUAUCAGAUUAUGUAAAUAUGUAUGAUCCACCACCAGCCCGCCUAGCGGUUUCAUCAUCCUUGUCAAAUUCAGAGAUUAGUUUGGCUCCAGAACUGAUGAACAACACAGAACCAAGUAGAUCAAAUAUGCAAAAUCAUAUUGUUUAAACAGCCUAUCAACAUAAAAGCCUAAUAAAGUUUGAUUUUCUUUUUAUUGACUUUUUAAAUUAUGUAUUGCUUUUAAAUAGUAACAAAAUAUGAUUUAUUUUUCAUAAUUAAAAUAUUGUUUUUAAAGGCUAUAAUUUAUUGCUAUAAGUUUUUUAACCAUGUAAAUUAUUUUUAGUAAUAAAUAUAAACAUUUUAAAUAACUUAAUUGAAAACCAAAUAAAAUACAGACUGCUCAGCUUCAAAUUUCAAAUAUUGUUCAUACUCUAUUAACAAUUAUUUUCAUAUAUACUUAAAAUUAUUUUAAUUAUUCGUUUUCUGAUAUUAGUUGAAACAAUAAUUAUUAAUUCAACAUGUGAUAAUUGUUAUGAUUAUAAAAUAGUUUUGUUAUUAGUAUUGAUAUAUGUAUAAGAAAAUUACUAUAAAUUUAAUAAAUAUAUUUGUAAUUUUAUCAUUCAUCUA